GUCCCAAAAAUAUACUGUUCGCAUCAAGAAUUGCUAACGGCCGAAUCUGUAUGUAUCUGAGUAACACUGAUAGCGUGGACAAAAUAAUAACUGAACACAAAUCCAUAAAGAUCCAAGACCACGACAUCGAAAUAAGACGACUUGUUACACCUGCUCAAAGGCUAGUUAUUUCAAAUGUCUGCCCCUCUGUGCCAAACAACAUUAUUGAAAGUUCACUAACAACUAUGGGCCUGAAGCUACUCUCCCGCAUGACUUACCUCCGAGUUGGAAUGCCGGAAAAUGAAUACAAUCACAUUCUCCGUUUCCGUCGACAAGUAGACCACCAGUUAGCGAAAUCGUAG